AUGGCUACCAUAUCCUCGCAAUCUGACCUGAGGGUGAACAGUCCAGAGGUCAUCAAUCCCGCUGGGAAGGCGACAAUACAGGAGUCUGAGAGUCAUGUUCCCGUCUGCGACUGGACUGAAAAGGGUGAGCGAAAACUGAGAAGAAAAAUUGACUUUACAGUCUUGCCAAUUCUUAUGCUUGGCCUCUUCGCAUUGCAGCUCGACAGGGGAAAUGUAGGCUACGCCAUGACCACCAGCUUCACCGAUGAUCUCGGCAUAACGAAAGACAUCGUCAACUACGGCAACCAACUCAUGCUAGCAGCCGUCGUUAUCUUCGAGAUCCCCUUCAAUAUGGUUCUAUCGAGAAUCGGACCUGCGCUCUGGCUUAUUAUACAAAUAUUCGCAUGGGGAACAAUUGCGACAGCCCAAGCAGCUGUACACAACAAAUCAGCAUUCUACGCGACGCGGUUUUUGCUGGGAAUGUGGGAGGCUGGAUACCUAGCCGCUGCGCUGACCAUAAUCGCAUCAUUUUACACCAGGAAGGAAAUGGCUCUACGGGCAACGCUGGUUUAUGUCGGAAACUACUGCUCUGCUGGCGUAAGUGGACUGCUCGCCGGUCUCAUCUUCAGAAUCCCAGAACACCACGGCUUGAAAAAGUGGCAAUGGCUUUUUCUCAUCGAUGGUAUCUUUACCAUAUUGGUUGGCGUUGUCUUCAUCUUUAUCAUGCCUCGCUCGACGACCGACACGCUUCCACUCGCUGGUAUCAAAAAGUUCGACGUUUUUACCGACAAAGAGAGAGAUAUCCUUGCCAAGCGCGUCGUUCUUGAUGAUCCGCGCAAGUCAGUCAAGCUUUCUGGUAUCAGCCCCAUGACUGCUUUGCGCAUUUGCUUGACCAACUUUCCUAUGUGGGGUCAUUUUGCCAUCAACGCUGUCAACAUUACCCCUAAGGGAGGGUUGGUCUUUUACACACCCACCAUCAUAAAGAACCUCGGCUUUUCUCCCUCUACUGCCAGUUUCUUGUCAGCCGUUCAUAAUUUCGGAGUAUGUAUCUUGUCAAUCUUUGUGUCUUGGGUCAGCGACAAGACAUUGCUACGAGGUCCGGUCUGUCUACUAUGCGGGGUGUAUUCCCUUGUAUUCGCCGGUGUCCAAUAUGCUGUUGUCGGAAGCAGUGAUGUCUGGAUGAAGUACGCUAUCCUGACACUCCUCAAUUCCGGUGUGGCAAUUGCCCAGGCAUUAAAUGAUGCGUGGUUUAGCAUCAACACUCACGAUCCUCAGAUCCGAUGUAUUGGUAUUGCUCUGGCUGUUACGGGUUCCAACGUUGGAGGACUCGCUGGACAAAACAUCUUCCAAGAGAAUGACGCUCCGUACUACCCCAAGGGCUUUCUGAAGAUCCUGUGCCUUUAUGCUGGAAGUAUUGUGCUUAUUGCUGGUAUGAUAUUCUACUACUGGAAUGAUAAUCGGAUGAUGAAGAAGGCGGGUGAAUUGGAUGAUGUUGAUGAGGCCGAGGGUUCGGAUAGGGUACAGAGGAAGAGAGUUAGGAAUCAGCUAUGA